AUGUCGGCUGGGGCCAUCCUUCCCGUCCGUCGGUCACUUCCGUUUGAAGCGUUUGAACCAAACCUCAACACUACAUCUCAUCCCGAACAACAGUUCAGAAUCGCCAUGUCUGCCAACGCGAGCAGUCCUUGGAGCGGCAACCACGAACCGCUCCGUAUGGAUGAGACGGGCGAGGCGCCCCCUGCCUACGCUCGCGUACACCGUAACAACGGCCGCAACCCGAACUUGCGGCAGAUUGCCACUGAGGGGGACUUCUGGAUGGGCCUGGCAGAGCUCGAGCCCUGGAUGUCGUACUUUGGCUUCCGGACUAUGGGCCCGAUCCUGGCGGCGCUGUUCAAGCGCCAAAACGAGCUCGAGAGGCAACGCAACGCCCUCGAACAGGAAAUCGACAUGGUUUCACAGUUGAUCCGCUACUUGGCGCUCAAUCUCCAGCAUCCCGAGGAAGCCGCCAUGCACCAGAAUCCGGUCGGCGAGCCCCGAGAGCAGUGGCAGCAGCCGCAGUGUCGAGAGACCAUCCAACGCGGUGGAUCACCUAGCCGCAGCCAGGCUUUUCAGCAGGUUGCUCCCCCGGGGACCAUGGGCUCUGGGGUUGCUCCUUUGGUCGGCACGACCCCGAGGGCGGAUAUCCAGGACGAGAGCGCUGCGGACCCUGAUAUCUGGCAGGUGGUAGCCCCUUGGGGGACUGCUGGAGUCUCUCAUCGGAACACGCACAUGGGUUAG